AUGCAUGUUGCACCAAAGCUGGAGAUGCUUCCAAGUGAAGUAAUAAUCAUGAUCAUGCAGUCGAUUUCAUCUCCGAUAGACCUCCAAUCCGCCAUCAACGCAUCGCCCGUCAUGUUCCAGCAUUACCUUGCCCACCGUUCGACCAUAAUGGCACCUACCAUCCACGGACUGAAAGCCUCGUAUUCACCCAUGGGGUCCGCAAAUCAUAUGGCCCUGGUUACAAAAACACUCCCAUAUCGGUUGCUGGGAAAGCCUGUGGUUCGACAAGAGGCCCGUGAUUUGUGGCGUUUUGCUCUGCUUCCUUCUGAUCUUCCGUGCUACACGCACUGGGGGAAUCACCUACCCUUGAUCUGCGAGCUCUACCGCCAGAGGGAAGAGGCAGAUCAUUUAAUCACAGAAUAUUCAAAGGAAGCAUGGAAAAGAUUGCUAUUGUGGAUAGCAGAGGUCGGGCCUCUAAGGCCUCCAGCUUCCAAGUACCCCGAUCUUGACAGACCAUUAGUCCUUUCCGAACAAGAGACUUACGCAUUUGAGCGUGGCUUUUUUUUUAUCAUUGAUAUCAGUGCACUCACAGAGUAUUCUGUGCGCCCCUGGUACUAUUUUGGUACUGGAAUUCGAGGAUUUCUUGAUAGUAGCUAUUUCAACUCGAUGUUAGCGUUUGUCUUUGAUAAGUUCAGAACGCUGGUACACCGAGUCUCACACCAGCUCCAGAAAGAUCCCUCCAAGUCACCGACAUUGCUAAGCCCUGAGGAGAAUCCAACAUCGAUGUUCUUACGCAGGACUGAAGACCAAGAAGUUCGAUACAUUGUGUCUCUUUGCUCGCGUGGCUACGCCGUGCUGCAGAACUUGCAACAGAUGAAGGAGGAAGAGCUGCAGAACUAUGUGCUCUCAAGCUACUUCCAGCUAGCAAAACUGGAAGCAAGGUUUCUCGCAUCUCCCGAAGGUGCACUGAAACGCUAUGUUUUCGAGGGGAUAAGUUUCCGACUGAGACAUCAUUUUGGAGCUAUAGGAGGACUGAGUAAUCCCUUGAGCCACGGCUACUACUUUUGGGACGACAGUCGGGUGUAUCCGGCUAGUGACCGAGGUGUCACUGCAUAA